AUGACGCGAGGGGGAGGGAAAGUUCGCCAGCCCGCGGGGCGCCCGGGCUCACCAGGGACCUCGCCGCCGCCCGCACCGCCCGGCCCCCAGUCUCCGGGACUCGGUUCUUCCCGCCCCCCAACAUCGAAACACUCAGGGCGCGCCCCCGCUCCCCGGAGCAUCCGGCCCCAGGCGGCCGGCAGAGCAGGUCCUCCCGCCGCGGGUCUGACCCCGGGAGCCCCGAGAGCAGGCAGCGGACCGGGAGGGAGGGGGCGCCAGGAUGGGGCACCGGAGGGAACGGCCUCAACAGUUAUGGCGCUCAAUUCCUGCCAGAGUGCAGCCGCAGCCGAGCCCGGCCGGCCGCCCCCACCACCCCCGCCCCCGCGCCGGCCACCCGGCGCUGCGCCGGCCAGCCGAGGGACCACCGGGCACUUCACCGCAGCCCACACACGCUCUCGGCCCCAAGGCGCUGGGGACGCCGGAGGCCACCGCGGUGAGGAGCCGGAGCGACCCGGAGCGCGGCGAGGCUGGGCCGGGACGUUGCGCUCCGCGGCGCCCGUUUCCACUCCCCGAGGCCGCCACUCCCGCUGCCCACCCAACGCGACGCCCCCUAGCCCGCUCGCCCCGCGUCCAGCCUCAGCGGCGCCUACCUUCGCGCAGCUCGGUCGCCGCUCCUUCCCGGCUCCACACUCGGGCCCGGCAACGUGCCUGGCGAGUCGGGUACGGGUGGUUACCACCCCCCGAACCGCUCGCUUUCUUCUCUCCCCUCCCUCGCACCUGCCCCCUAAUCUCCUCCCCACCCCCGCCCCCCGCCCCCCGCCCCGCCACGGGAUCCGCCGGGGCCGCCCCCAGUGCCUCAGCUCCCGCCCUCGGCCCUCGCCCGCCCGGCCCGUCAGGCCUCAGCGCUGGGCAGGCGGUUGGGCGGCGGCGGCGGCAGCGGCUGAGGCGGCGGCGGCGGCGGCUGAAGCGGCGCGGAGCACUAUUGUAUUCCUGACACUGUGCGCUCCCACGCUCCGCCUCUUCCCCUUCCUUCCUCCCCCCGUCCCCCCACACCCCGCGCUCCACUCACACACACACACACACACACACACACCCCCCGCAGCCAACCGCUGUCCGCGCUCGCCCUACCCGACUGGCUCCCCGCCGUCCGCCCGCCGCGCGCUCUUCUGGCGGGCUGGGCGCCGUCGCUACCGCCGCGCGCCUCGAGGCUCCGCCCACUUAGUGCUCCCGCACCGCGGCGCCGGGCUCCAGGUGGGUUCCUCUCUGCUCCUGCUGGGAGCGCUGCUGUCGGGAGGAGCCUCAGCGCCUCUAAGGGCCGGAGACGCCGACGACGGGGAGGUUCCUGGGCCGUGUUGA